UCAACAGCAUUACAUCUGAUGUGUUCAUAUCUUGGUCUGAAGAAUGACCAUUUAUCAGUUGUGAAGCUAUUGACAUCAUUGAGAGUUGAUGUGUCAGCUAAAAACAAUGCUGGCAAAACUGCAAUGCAAGCAGGAGAAGGAAGGUUGCAGUCAGUUUUUGGCAGUCACAAAGAAAUUCUUUCUGCUAUCCUUUCCCAUCUGAAGGAAUUCAUUGAAAGUGCUGUUGCAGUUCAACUUUGCAUUCGUACAAGCUCAACAGCAAUAGCAGCUGCUGGUCAUCUCUCGUCACCAGUGACAGGAAGAAUGAGGACUAUUACACCCAUACUACCAUCUCGAACAGAUGUGGCAAAACAGGUAGAUGAAGAGUUAGUACAACGUCUGAUUCAACAAUUAGAGCAAGUGACACAAGACGGUUUAGCAAAAGAUAGGCAAAUGGUUGAUUUGAGACAACAAAUCACAGAUCUACAGAAGGCACUGAAGGACGAGCAAUUGCAGAGAGAACAGGCAGUUGCCGGAGAAAGAAGGGAGAAAGAGCAUGCAGUUGCUAGAGAAAGACGAGAGAAAAAAAAGGCAGUUGCUAGAGAGAGAGAAGGGAGAAAGAAGAGCUACGGCGACGAUUACAACGAGAGCAAGAAGUAAACGCGACGUUCACAAUGAUUUCAAUGAAGCUCGACAAAAAAUUGAGCAAAUGAGUGUAGAGAAGGAAAAUGUUCAGUGAUUACUAAAUGAAGCACAAAUAGAAAACGCUAACAUUGUAGAGCUGCUUUCAGAUUCCGAUGCUGCAAUUGAACGAUACAAGCAAGAA